AUGUCCAAGUACACACCCAUCGACGAGAUCCCGCAGAUCCACGCCGACCUGCGCGCCGGAUUCAGGUCCGGCAAGGCAAGGUCCAUCGCGUACCGCAAGCAACAGCUCCUCCAGCUCGCCCACUUGCUCAAGGACAACAUCGACCGCUUCAAGGAUGCUCUCCAAGCUGACCUUGGUCGCCACCCCAGCGAGAGCGAGUCUGCCGAGCUCGCACCCACCAUAUCUGAGGCCAUGGUCUGUUAUCAUGGCGUGAAGAAGUGGGCUGCAACCGAACGCGCUGCUUUCUCGUUCAAUUAUGCCGCCAUGUCCCCAGCCAUCAGGAAAGAGCCGAAGGGUCUCGUUCUCAUCAUUGGCCCGUUCAACUACCCCAUCCUCAACCUCCUUGCUCCAUUCGCUGGCGCUAUCGCCGCAGGAAACGCCUGUAUGGUCAAACCCUCCGAGUUGCCCGUCCAGACCUGCAACCUCCUCAUUGAGCUCUUCCCAAAAUACCUUGACCAGGACCUCUACCGCAUCGUUAACGGCGGUGUCCAUGAGACUACCAAAAUCCUCGAGCUUCCGUUUGACCAUAUCCUCUAUACAGGUAGUCACCGUGUCGGAAGAAUCGUUGCCACUGCGGCUGCUAAACACCUGUGCCCCGUCUCUCUAGAGCUUGGUGGCAAAUCUCCGGUGGUGGUCGACCCGAAAUGCGACCUCAAGACCAUGGCGAAGAGGCUCAUGUGGGGCAAGUUCUCGAACGCCGGCCAGACUUGCGUCGCGCCCGAUUACGUCCUGUGUCCAGAAGCCUUCCAAGACAAGCUCAUCGAGGCGUCGAAAGAAGUGCUGAACACGUUCUACCCCGGCGACCCGCAGCAGGACGCGUCGUUCGGACGCAUCAUCACGGAGCAGCACGCAGAGCGCCUCAAGGGUCUUAUUGAUGCGACGCGAGGCACCGUCGUCGUCGGCGGGCAGACGGACGUCGCGGGCAAGUACGUCGCGCCGACGAUUAUACGGGAUGUCCCGCCGGACGACGCGCUGAUGGAGGCUGAGAUCUUUGGCCCCAUCUUGCCCAUCGUACCCACGGAGACGGUCGAAGAGGCAGUCGCGUUCAUCAAUAGCCGAGAGCACCCGCUCGCGCUGUACGUCUUCUCGCCAUGCCCAUCAUUUAAGGCCAAGGUGUUCGACAACACCCAGAGCGGCUCUGCUAUCGCGAACGAGUGCAACUUGCAUGUGGUUGUGGACGGCCUGCCCUUCGGAGGCACCGGCGCGUCGGGGUCGGGCCAUUACACGGGGAAAUUCUCCUUCGAUAUGUUUACGCACCUGCGGUCUACGAUGGACAACCCUAGCUGGGUCGACGUCAUCACGGGCCUACGGUACCCGCCCUAUAAGAGCCGCAACUCGCCGCUGGCGGCGCUCACGACCCCCCGGCUACCCGCACUCCCGCGCGGGGGUGCCUCGCCAAAGAGGUGGGGUCUCUGGCUCGCUCUCCUGUUCGCGGGCGUCGCGGCGGCGCUACUGACCAAGGCGGGGCGGAACGCCCUUACGCAGCUGAGCUUGCAGUUGGGCUAUUAG